AUGUCGAACUUCUUUACCGUGACAGCGCUCUUUUCUGCCGUUGCUGUUGCAUUUGUAUCUCAAGUCCCUCUCACUCCUCCGUUCCCUGAUCGUCUCAAUGAGGAAUGGGACGAUUCAUGUUCGAUUAGCAAAAGCACUGCCUUCGAAGUAUAUGAUGGGCUCAUUACCUUCUCCACCUCUCAAUCCGAUCACAUCAAUUCCGUCAAGAUCUUACCCGCAGUCAACUCAACGAACUGGGAACAAUGGGAGUUCGAUGGCCUCUCACAUACGGGUCUAUCCGGUCUCUUAAUGGCCUUCUCUAGAGACCCGUCCUACGCCUUCUUUGGACAAGGAAAUCUGCGUGUUGAGUUUUACAUCACACUUGGCGAUGGCACGGUCAUACAAGAACUGGACUAUCUCAAGGAGUCUUACAUCAUUGACUGCCCGGACUUUACUGCUGGAGUUUGGAACAGUUCAGAUAGGUCGUACAGUUUUCAUGUCACCAAGGAUCUGAAGUACGCGAAGCUGAAGUUCGAUUCGUGGAGAGUUCGGGGCGGCUUUACGAUGUCUUCUAGUACGCCGCCACAUAACGCUGAUGGCUCGCCCUGGAUACCGGAGGGCGGGAAUGCAAAAGCUACCGAGCUGUCUCCUGGGAUGUUUUACGCUCUCCCAAUGGGAGGCGCAGCGGUCGAGGUAGACGCUACUCUAGGAUCUGGUAGACGUAUUGUAUUCAGUGGAAGAGGUGGCUCUACACGCCUUUGGGCAACUGAAGGCUGGCUCAAGAUUUGUGAUGGCUGGAAAGUGAUCCGAGCUUGGGCAGGUCCGUAUUCUCUCGUCUACUGGGAUUUGGUAUCUCGGAUGGAUUGGGGCGUGAAAUACGUUUCCGCUCAUCUCUUCUACGAUGAUCAACUUGUAGUAGGUACCAACGUUGGCAAUGUUUCGGAGACGGAGGAUUAUGUUCUGGCAACUGAUCGUUUCGACGGCGAACUUCACGGGAGGUACAAGGACAAGAACACUGGUCAUAUCUUCGAGUUUGUCUCGCCUACUCAAGACAGGAGGUGGAAAUUUGAACUUGAACAUAUGAUAACACAGUACGAAAUGGGUGCAGGAGGCGGAUUUGGAAUGACUGGAUUUGCGAAUCGGGUCACUGGUGGUGAAGUUGGUGAGAUACAGUACGAGGGGAGGGCUCAGUCGGAGCAAACUUUCUGGCCGGAGUACAUCGAAGAAUGGAAAAUAUGGCUUGUUUAUGGUGCCGGAUUCUUGGGGAAAGGCAAGACACAAUUCAUGAAGUUAAUGGGCUACAUUUUGUAG